UGUGGCCAAUAGCCUGCGCAGAGUCUUCAUGGCUGAAACCCCAACAGUGGCUAUAGACUGGGUGCAGUUAGAGGAGAACUCGACUGUAUUGAGCGAUGAGUUCAUUGCCCAUCGUGUCGGCCUCAUCCCCUUCACCUCAGACGAGAGGGUUGAUCAGAUGCAGUAUUCUCGAGAUUGCACAUGUACUGACUACUGCCCAGAGUGUUCGGUGGAGUUCACACUGGACGUCAGGUGCUUGGACGACCACACACGACAUGUUACAACAGCUGAUCUCAAGUCAAUGGACUCCCGGGUUAUUCCUGUCACUUCGCGCAUGAGAGAGGACGAGGCGAGUGAAUAUGGAGAAUCUAAUGAUAUCUUGAUUGUUAAAUUACGCAAGGGCCAAGGCCUGAAGCUGAGAGCCUAUGCUGUAAAGGGUUUUGGAAAGGAGCAUGCCAAAUGGAACCCCACGACUGGGGUGGCCUUUGAGUAUGAUCCCGACAACGCUCUCCGACACACACUGUAUCCCAAACCAGAGGAAUGGCCUAAGAGUGAAUAUUCCACCAUCGACGAAAACUCUGCCCAGGCUCCCUUUGACCCCCUGGGCAAACCUUCCAAGUUUUUCUUCAACGUAGAGGCCUCGGGAGCCCUUAAGCCCGAGAACAUAUGUCUGAUGGGCAUAGGCAUUUUAAAAAAGAAGCUCUCCGACAUCCAGAACCAGUUGACCAUGGAGGCUCAGACCGAUGCUCUGGCCAUCAACUGAGUGAGGGUACUUGAG